GCGGUGCCGCCGCCAAAAUGGCACCGCCGCGCUUCCCCAGCCGGGUCACGGCGCCUCCGCGCAUGCGCCGCGCCCCUGCGGCCGCCCCGCCCCGGCAGGUGUGUGGGGGCGAGCCCCCCCUGCCCGGUUCGGCCCGGGGAGGCACCGCCCGGCGCCGGGGGCGGGCGGGGAAAGGCGAGGAGGACUGCCAGGGCCCGCCGGGGCUCGCCUGGCAGAGCUCAUGGCCCCCGGCGCCCCGGGCACAGGCGGGGCGGGGCGGGGCGGUGUCGUCCCGUCCCACCCCCGCUCGGCGGGCGGGGCUGGGCCCGGCCGACAAGAUGGCGGCGGCGCUGAGGGCGGGCAGGGUAUGGGGGUUAGUGACGGCGACGCCCGGCCUCGCUUUUACUCGUUCCGCGUUUGUUGCGAGAAAACGUAAUUAUGCCCAACCAAACUGGCUGGGAGUCGGCUUGGCGUUUGGCACCUCUGCUGCCUUGUGGGCUUUUCUUAUCAAGCAGCAUAAUGAAGAUGUAAUGGAAUAUGAGAGAAGACAAAAAGAGGGACACCAUAAGUGUACAGAAUGCUCAUAG